AUGAAGGGUACCGGGCUGGCGCAGCUGAGGGCGGCGGGGUUGGAGCGAAGGUGGAUCCUGCCGCUCGCCGUCGGCUCUUUUUUCUCCAUCCUCCUCUUCUUCUUCACUCUCUCUGCCUCCACGUCCGCUCCCUUCUCCAUCAUUCCCUUCUCCCUCACCAUCCCGUCUUCCUUCGGAUCCGGUUCCCCGCCGGUCUUCGUCGAGGACAAGCUCCGGGCCGUGGCUGCUGGGGCCAGGUCCGCCUCGCGGUCUCUGUCCUCUCCUCCUUCUCCCCCGCGGCUCGCCUACCUCAUUUCUGGUUCCGUCGGAGAUGGCGAGAUGCUCAAGCGCGCCCUUCUGGCGCUCUACCACCCCCACAACUGCUACGUUGUGCACCUAGAUCUUGAGGCCACUCCGCGUGAGCGGCUCGAUCUCCGCGAGUUCGUGACCAAUCAUCCGGUAUUCGCCGCCGUUGGUAACGUGAUUAUGAUCACCAAGGCCAACCUCAUUACCUAUAGGGGACCUACAAUGGUUGCCAACACACUCCACGCCGCCGCCAUCUUGCUCCGGGAGGGCGGGGAAUGGGACUGGUUCAUCAAUCUCAGCGCCUCCGAUUACCCUCUCGUCACCCAGGACGGUAAGCACAGCGUGUCCUAGCCUUGUUCUGCCAUCCUAACUUGUCAAUCCGACUGUGUGUGGCAUUUGUUUUCCUUCUGAUGUUUCCGGUUCCUUGCAGAUCUGCUUCACACGAUGUCCUACCUGCCGAGAGACCUCAAUUUCAUCGACCACACUAGCAACAUUGGAUGGAAGGAGUACGACAUUGCAUCCAUCCCCUCUCCCUCUCUCUGUCUCCCCCUCCUCCUAGAUAUCGAUUAUCCUCACUGUUUGAUCUUAUCAUUCCGGGACUCACUUUUUAACAUUCUGUCAGAUUUCAGAGGGCAAAACCCAUCAUCAUUGAUCCGGGGCUCUACUUGUCAAAGAAAGAGGAUGUCUUUUGGAUUACUCAGAGGAGAAGUGUUCCAACAGCCUUUAAGCUCUUUACUGGUGAGGCAAUUUCAUCUCAUUCCUCUCUUCCCAAGUGUUGUUAUCUUCCCUUAUCUGAUCUCGGUCUUCAAUGCAUGUUUGAGCUCAUGUUCAAGAUAUGUUGAUGUUUAAUGAAUAUGAUUUGACGGUAUAGCAAUGGGUAUGAACCAAAUGAACAUGAUUAUUGUGAAAUGAGAUGGGCUUACUGAUACUACUGAAAAAAAAGCCUUCUCUCGAUAGAAAGAUGUUGCCACAAUCUGGUGCGUGAAAAGUUUCAAAUAUAAUUCUUUUCAAAGAUUUGGUUAGGAUUGCAAUCUUCAAGCUUGUUCUGUUGUCUAUAGUUGCAUCGUUGUGGCCAUGAAUCAUCCUGAUAAAGCUCCAGUGUUGAUCGAGCAAGCAUGAAUGUACACCUGACUUCAUGUCUUGUUCAUUGAGGAAGCAAACGAGCUUUGCUUCAUUGUCCAAGAUUGGGUUUCUCAUUUCAACCGCCAUCCUAUUGCAGGAUUUAGUUUUAAUCUGAAGAAUAAUUCUUUUUAGUAUUUCUGUUCUGCCAUCAGAAUUCUAGGAAAAGAAUAGAAGCUAUCUUCAUUAAUCUGCAAAUGCUCCUUCCCCCAUUCUUGUUACCAUUGCUCUACAUGCUUGCCAGUGCGAAGGUUUCAUGAGAGAUGCUUCUUCUUCCCUCAAGACUUGCACCCUGUUUGUCGCUUAUUGCCACAGCUCUCCCUCCUUCCGAAGCAUCUUUUUAUGACUUCUCUCUUGUUAAUUAACUAACCUUCGUCUUCCCGUUUUCCCUCUUUUUAGAAUGUAUCUGUUGAAGUUUUAUUCAAUGGCCUGAUGUAAACUAGAAACCAGCUGUCGUAAUCUUCCCUUUUUCCCUGUUUAGAAUGAAACACAUAUUGAACAGAUACUACGACCUUCUAUUCUCUUCAUUAGCUGGGGUUGUAAUCGUCAUUUGCAUUUUUUAAUUCUUACUAAAACCUUCUCUGUUUAGCACCACAACUCUUUCUCCUUCCAGGGCAUCUUUGUGACUUCUCUCCGUUAACUGACCUUCAUCUUACCAUUUUCCCCUAUUUAUAAUGGAUCUAUUGGAGUUUUAUUCAAUGGCCUGAUAUAAACUGGAAUCCCACUGUUGCAAUCUUGAUGGACCCAAUUUCUUAAUCUUACAUGAAUGAUGAAACAUAUCUCGAACACACACUGUGGCCUUCGAUUCUCUUCAUUAACUUGGAUCGUAAUCAUCAUUUGCAUUUUUUUUUAAAUCAAAAACCUUCAAUCGCCUCUAUCAAAUGGUACAUGGCGUCCUCUUUCUCAUCCCUUUAUUUGUCGGCAAGCAAUGAGCCAUUCAUAAUUUAAUAUAUUGGGUUGCAUAAGGUUAGGUCUAUCAGCCUUUUUACUAGAAUCAUUUCUAUUUUAGGUAAGCUACUUGUUACCGUUCUUUCCUUAUAUUCUAGAGACACAUGGAAGUUUUUUUUUACCAUGGUUAAGUAGCCAGGAUCUGGAUUUUCUCUCUUAGAUUGUGCUGUCCUGUAUUGUGGAACAAGGCUGCAUUUUGUUACUGAGAUGGAAUUAUUAAAUACGGUGCAAUGGCACCGUAAUAGGUGCAGCAACAAAAUAUGGCACUCCAUGACAACUUCGAUAGGAGCCAUUGUGCCAUACUUCUCCAUCUGUCUCUGUAAUUUCUCCAUUAGAAAACACAUUUUUUUAUCUGACCUUAAUUUAGGUUUUGACCAGAAGUAAGAAGUCUUUAGUUGUCAAACUAGUUAAAAAGGUUUGAAAUCAUUUCUUCCUCAGGGGAGUUGCCCACCAUGGCUGCAUCCCCCUCCCAUCUUCGUGAACUUAGUAAAAUUCCGGUGUUAGCGUGGUUUAUAAACACCGUCAUUGGUUAAAAAUGUGCUCAUGCAACUUCUUUCUAGAUGAUCGUGUGUUUGUCGUCAUGAUGCUUUAAGGACUCUGACAAAAAAAUAUAUAGAAAAUGAUACUGCCCAUUAGGUUGUUUCUGCAGUAAAUCUCGCAUAGCUUACAAAGCCUUCUCCAUGGCUUGUAUAGCUAUUAGGGGCUGUUGUCAGGCAUGUGAGGCAGGAUUAGUCAACCCAUUUAGGUCGUAAUCAAUCCCUUCUGAUUCAUAUCCGGAAGAAAAGAUCCAGUUCACGUAAAAGAAUGGAAUGGCUGAUUUUAGGAAUAAAAAGAAUAGAAGGAAGAGCAAGUGCAUGGAAGAACACAAAUCCUCCACCCAUAUUUAGCAAAUCAUGUCCUGGUUCUCCAGUUUUGAACUCAAAACUGUAGAAUAGUUGUAGAAUAGUGAGCGAUAUAAAAACAUACUUAGGGCAUCUGUUGAAACCAUCACUUGUGCAUUAUCUUUAUGUGUUGUUUUCAUGCUAAUCAUGUCUGAUUUCUUAUUCCUCGGUCAGAUUCAUUUGGUGUCAUAUUCAAUUUCCUCUUCUCCGUCACCAUAUCCUCCCUUCCCACUCCUGCGACGGGUCCUUUUUUCUCCCAGAAGCCCCAGAACCGCAGACAUCCCUCCCUGUCUAGAUGUCAUACUUAGGCCACCAAGAGGCAAACCCAAGUGCCUCCCCCUCGACCCUCGCCAUUUUCUCUCUCUAGCUUGCCCGUCUAAUCAAUCGACCCUCUCCAGUCCUGCAACAGGCCAACCCAGAAAUAAACCCACCCCCAAGGCCCCCCUCUUCCCACCCUCCUCGGCAUUCUCUCUCUCUAGCUCGUCUGUCUAAUCAAUCGACCCUCUCCACUCCCGUUACAGGCCAACACAGAAACAAACCCACCCCCAAGUCCCCCACCCCCAAGUCCCUCAGCCAUUUUCUCUAUCUUGCUUGUCUGCCUGAUCCAACCGUCUGGGUUCUUCCUCUGGUUUUCUUCCAGGUUCGGCGUGGAUGGCUCUGUCCCGCGCUUUCGUGGAGUACUGCGUGUGGGGGUGGGAGAACCUUCCCCGGGCGGUGCUCAUGUACUACGCCAACUUCAUCUCCUCCCCGGAGGGCUACUUCCACACCGUCAUCUGCAACGCCGAGGAAUUCCGCAACACCACCGUGAACAGCGACCUCCACUUCAUCACCUGGGACAAUCCCCCUAAGCAGCACCCUCACUACCUCACCAUCGCUGACCUCCCCCGAAUGGCUUCCAGCAACGCCCCUUUUGCCCGCAAGUUCCCCCACUCUGACCCCGUCCUUGAUCGCAUUGAUGCUGAGCUCCUCUUCCGCCCACCCGGCUCCCCCACACCCGGUGGCUGGUGUGCUGUCACCACCGCCGCUGACCCCAAUUCCUCCUCCGCCGCCGCCGCCGCCGAAGCCUGCCUUGCUGUUGGCAAUGCCACCCUCCUCCGGCCAGGCCCCGGUGCCCUCCGCCUUGACCGCCUCUUCUCCUCCCUCCUCUCCCCCACCAAUUUCCGCCCCCGCCAGUGCCAGUAA